GGCCCCUGCGCCACGGCUCAGCCAAUAAGGACAGAACUGAGGCGGUCCCUUGAUCUUCCCUGCGUUUGGGGGCGAUCACGAGAGGGUACGGGGUAGCGAUAGGCAUCUGAGGGGUCCAAUCGCCUCGGCGUUUCUGCACCCGCAGAGCUUGGAUCCGCCCAGUACCCACCGCUGGAUUGGCGGUGAUUGGCCGAGAGGGGAGUUCGUUUGCGUGGGUCUGCCUAGCUCCCAAGUACUGUCUGCUGUGAUUGGCUGAAAGGGGGCGUUCUUGAGUUACUUGGCCCAAACUCAGCUUGGCGCCUGCCGUCAUGUCGCUGGUGGCGGGGGUGAUUCGCCGCCUGGACGAGAAAGUAGUGAACCGCAUCGCUGCGGGGGAGGUCAUCCAGCGACCCGCAAACGCCAUCAAGGAGAUGAUUGAGAACUGCUUGGAUGCCAAGUCCACUAGCAUCCAGGUGACUGUUAAAGAGGGAGGCCUGAAAUUGAUUCAGAUCCAAGACAAUGGUACUGGCAUUCGGAAAGAAGAUCUGGACAUUGUGUGUGAGCGGUUCACUACAAGUAAACUGCAGUCAUUUGAAGACUUGGCUUGUAUUUCGACCUAUGGCUUCCGGGGUGAGGCCUUGGCUAGCAUCAGCCACGUGGCUCAUGUGACGGUGACGACGAAGACAGCCGAGGCCAAGUGCGCCUACAGGGCCAGCUACUCAGAUGGAAAACUAAAAGCACCUCCUAAACCAUGUGCAGGAAACCAGGGCACUCAGAUCACGGUUGAAGACCUUUUUUACAAUGUAGCCACGAGGAGAAAGGCUUUGAAAAAUCCCAGUGAAGAGUAUGGGAAAAUCUUAGAAGUUGUUGGCAGGUACUCCAUACACAAUUCAGGCAUCAGUUUCUCAGUUAAAAAGCAAGGUGAAACAGUACCCGAUGUCCGGACCCUGCCGAACGCCACCGUGGUGGACAAUAUCCGAUCCAUCUUUGGAAACGCUGUUAGCAGAGAACUGAUCGAGGUGGGCUGUGAUGACCCAGUGCUCGCCUUCAAAAUGAAGGGAUACAUCUCCAAUGCCAACUACUCUGUGAAGAAGUGCGUCUUGUUACUCUUCAUCAACCACCGACUGGUGGAAUCCACCGCAUUGAAAAAGGCCGUGGAGAGCGUGUACGCAGCCUACCUGCCCAAGAACACGCACCCGUUUCUUUACCUGAGCCUGGAAAUCGCCCCCCAGAACGUGGACGUCAACGUCCAUCCCACCAAGCAUGAGGUGCACUUCCUUCACGAGGACAGCAUCCUGGAGCGUGUGCAGCAGCACAUCGAGAGCCGGCUCCUGGGCGCCAACUCCUCGCGCACUUACUUCACUCAGACUUUGCUGCCAGGUGUCACCGGCCCAGUGACCGAGGGGCCAAAAUCUGCUGCUGGGGCCUCGGCCCCAACUGCGGGCACCAGCGACAAGGUCUACGCCCAUCAGAUGGUUCGCACAGAUUCCCGUGAGCAGAAGCUGGAUGCUUUUCUGCAGCCCGUGAGCAGACCCUCGGCCAGGCAGCCUCCAGCCCUGAGCCCUGAAGGUCAGCCGGCGGCCAGAGCCAGCCACACUGAUGAGGAGAUGGAGGAGCAGCUGCCGGAGAGGCCCGAGUCAGCCGCCCAAGGGCCGAGGGACGGGCUGCCCCCUGAAGCAGGCGGUCACAGGAAGAGGCCGAGGGAAGAUUCCGAUGUCGAAAUGCAAGAGGAACUGACCGCGGCCUGCUGCCCGAGGAGAAGGGUCGUCAAGCUGACCAGCGUGUUGACUCUCCAAGAGGAGAUCAAUGAGAAAGGCCAUGAAGCUCUGCAGGACAUGCUGCGUGACCACUCCUUCGUGGGCUGUGUGACCCCACAGUGGGCCCUGGCCCAGUACCAGACCAAGCUAUACCUUUUGAACACCACCAAGCUCAGCGAGGAGCUCUUCUACCAGAUCCUCAUCUACGACUUUGCCAACUUUGGGGUGCUGAGAUUAUCGGAGCCAGCACCCCUGUAUGACUUGGCCAUGCUUGCCUUGGACCAUCCAGAAAGUGGCUGGACAGAGGAAGACGGCCCCAAAGAAGGGCUCGCAGAGUACAUCGUGGAGUUCCUGAAGAAGAAGGCCGAGAUGCUGGCAGACUAUUUCUCUCUGGAAAUCGAUGAGGAAGGAAAUCUGACCGGAUUGCCUCUUCUGAUUGACAACUACGUCCCCCCACUAGAAGGGCUUCCCAUGUUCAUACUUCGAUUGGCUACUGAGGUAAACUGGGAUGAAGAAAAGGAGUGUUUUCAAAGCCUCAGUAAAGAGUGUGCCCUGUUUUACUCCCUCAGGAAGCAGUAUGUGCUGGCGGAAUCCACUCUCACUGGCCAAGAGAGAGAAGAGUGUGAAUCCCCUUCAGUCUCCUGGAAGUGGACGGUGGAGCAUGUUCUCUACAAAGCCUUCCGGUCACACCUCUUGCCUCCUCAACAUUUCUCCGAGGACGGGAGCGUCCUGCAGCUCGCCAAUCUGCCAGAUCUUUACAAAGUGUUCGAGAGGUGCUGAAGAGUCUCCGUCAGUGCUUAGGUUGGCGAUCGCCUGCGCGAGCGACCUCGCACCCAAGGCAGGGUUAAGGGCUGGUUCCUUUAGCAUGUUGGCCUUUCUGAUCCCCCUCCAGAGCAGCCCCAAGUGCUGUUAAUAAAUUGUUUUGUGUUCGUGGGUCAACUCAUUCUAGGAAAUGCCGAGUGUCUGCUUUGCGCCACCCUAACACUCGGCCCUCCAGGGAGGGGGUGCCAUGUGGGAAGCCCCUUUGGGAGGUGGAUCAGGAAAGCCGGACCUCCGAUGGGGUCGAGGUGAGAAGGGGGCACACCGUGCAGUCCUAAGUCCUCACUUGGCAGAAUCGGCGUCAUCUGCUGCCAGAUGAGGGCAGCGGGAGGGUCCCUGGUCUCGUCUAGACCAGUUUACAGAUUUUCUCUAAAGGUGAUGAGAGCGUCACUGAAGGCGGCUUCAGUAGAACAGGCGGUCCCAGAAAACGCGGGAGGUUUUUUGUGUCUCUGGAUGCCGGCUGAGGAAGCUCUCUGUCCCUUGCCGCCAGUUGGUUCAACUGCCUCUCAAGCAUUCAUGCAGUUGGAGAAGCACUCGAAGCUCCUGUUUGGGGUCAGGCCCUCCCGUACUUGCUGUGGUUGCAAGGACAGAAAUGGAACCACCCUGACCCCCAAGAAUUCUAGUCUAACGGGGAAGAGCACGG